AUGGGAAAAGUAAGCAACGUAAGACCGAAAGUGAACGUCUCUCCAUAUGUCCAUUUUAUGAUGGACUUAAGAAGUCAAAUGAGGGAGCAACAGCCAAACACCUAUUAUGACUUUACGGAAUUUUCUAGACAGUGUUCUGAAAAAUGGAAGACCAUCUCGAAGAAGGAAAAAAAGAAGUAUGAAGCCCUGGCCAAGCGCGACAAAGAUCGGUACCAGCGUGAAAUGAGAAACUACACCGGCCCGAGAAGGAGAGAAGAAGGAGGAUGUGAAUGCAUCUGGAAGCCCCCAUCCUCGCGUUCCCUGCUCUUCUCCCAGGACCAUUUUGACGAGAUAAAGAAAACAACGAACUGGACUGUGGGCGCAAGUGGCAAAGGCUGCAGGGAGAAUGUGGGCCAGGUGUUCGGAAGAGGAUAA